AUGGCGGGGCGACUACAGCCACAAUCGCAGCAGGCGCUAUUCUCGUCGUAUGCGCCCAGGCUGCGUGCCUACAACAACUCCCUCCUCGCCCCCGUCUUGCCCAGCGCAGCGCCCUCGAACCCACUCUCGCGCACCACCAAGCGAGGCACCACCAUCAUCAACUAUGCUGAGGACGGGUACGACGAUUACGACGACGAUGACGACGAUAGCCGCCGCCGCCCCACCGGCCUGCGCAGUCUGCGCCGCGAUGACAGCGGUGCCAAAGGCGACUUGAGCGACAAAGUCGGCAAGGAGACACACGAGCCCGUCGAGGUGCAGGGUGUGUGGCGGGAUUGGAUGGGCAAGAUGCGCCUCGCCCGCUCCGACGCGCAGAACUACGCCCAGGCUUGUCUUCCUCUCACUCUUAUCCCCAUCCGGAUCGACCUCGAAAUCCCAGCCUACAUGCCCCCGGCCCCCUUGCCGUUCCCUGCCCCCAACGCCGAUCCGAACCACGCCUUCUUCAAGCCACAAGAACUGACAGUUCCCUACCGACUCCGGGACACCUUCCUGUGGAACCUCCACGAGACUCUCAUCACCACAGACCAGUUCGCAACUCAUCUGGUCCAGGACCUGGAUCUGCCGAAUCGGGCCCAGACCACUGCAGAGAUCAGCAAGCAGAUACGGACACAGUUGGAGGAGUAUGCCGGCGUUGCCCUCCACCCCCUCUUCCACAACCAUCCCAACCGCCCUAGCGCGCCAGACCCCCUCAAGGCUGCCAACCGUCUCGAGCCAUCCACCCCCGCGCCCCCACACACGGCGGCUCUGAGCAGGGCAGACACACCCCUCUGGACUGGCAAUGCGCCAUCGACGCCGGCCAAGUUCCCCGUUCCUGCCACACCCGCCGUGGUGCCGACAUCGACUGGGGAGGUCACAGCAGCCGCGACACCAAUACCGCUAGACGUCGACGACUUCAGCCCGGACGACACAUACCGCUGCAUCAUCAACCUCAACAUCAACCUCUCGUCGCAAGUAUACACAGACAGGUUUGAGUGGUCGUUGCUACACCCGCCAGGCACGGCAGAGGCAUUUGCGAAGCAGACGUGCGCGGACCUCGGCCUGCACGGCGAGUGGGUUCCGGCCAUGACGCACGCCAUUUACGAGGCGGUUCUGAAGCUCAAGAAGGAGGCUUGCGAAUCCGGCGGCCUCGUACCAGGCUGGGGCGCGGCAAUGCUCGGCGCCUCGACCGGCGGCGUGUCCGAGUACCCUAACGACGCGGCCGUCACGGCUGGUGCCGAGGGCGCUGGCUGGCGCUACGACCCGGAGCACCUGGCCGACGAGUGGGAGCCCAAGCUGGAGACGCUCAGCAAGGAGGAGAUUGAGAAGCGCGAGGGCGACCGCGAGCGGCAAAUACGCAGGCUGCGGCGUGAGACGGCUCGCUUCAGCAGCAACACAGGCAUGGCUGGCGGCGUCCCUGUCGGCUUCGGCUUUGGCGGCCUCAUCGAGCAGGAGGAGGAGCGUAUGGGCCGAGGCGAGCGUAGCAAGAAGAAGCGCCGCUUCCGUAGCCUUUCCCCUCUGGCGGGGUCCGGCACGCCCGGCGGUGGUAGGUUCACGCCGGAUGUGGGGGCCCCCGCCGUGGCUGGAGGCGGGUAUGGCGGCGGCGGCACCCUGGCCGAGAACGAGCGCUCGUCAUGGCGCUGCUCCCACUGUAAGGUUUGGGGAACUAGUGUCUGGGCCGUGCGCGACGGUCCCUAUGGAAGCAGGAGCCUGUGCAACAACUGCGGCUUCAUGUUUGAGCGCGAUAGGAAGCUCCCGCGGUGGAGCAAAAACCUGCAUCUGCCCGACAGUCGACCUGUCUAG